UCCCGCCCGCCUUGGUUCGUUUUUCCCUCCACAAAUCCAAUCCAUCUGAGAUCCCACCCGCCAUUACCCCUUUCUCCCGGCACGCCAGACCCAAUCGAAUUGGAUCUCCGCCUCCGCCUCCGCUUUCCACAGCAGCAGCCAAGCCUAGCCUAGCUGGCCAUGGCGCCGCCCAAGCCCACCACUCCUGACGCGGCCACCAAGCCCAAGAAGAAGGUCACCGCCGCGCAGGUCGCCUUCCUCGUCGACCGCUACCUUGCCGACAACGGCUUUCACGCUGCGCUUGCCGCCUUCCGCUCCGACGCCGCCCACCUCUUCAGCCCCCACCGCGCCAAGCCCCCGCCCAAGGGCCUCCUCCCGCUCGCCGACAUCCUCCACGACUACAUCGCCCUCAAGGAGGGCCGCGUCGCCAUCGACUCCGCGAUGCACGCCAUGCACUCCCUCGUGUCCAACUACUACGCCUCCUCCUCCUCGCCGCCACCGCCUCCCAUCACUCCUGCGAUGAUGCCUCCCCUGCCUCCCGCCGCAAACACCUCCCAGCCAUCCUCGCCUCCGCUCGUCCCGCCUCUCCUCGUCGCCUCGUCUUCUUCUCCUCCGCAGCCCCAAGGCGCCGCCGGAUAUGCUUCACCUGUCGUACAUCACUACGCUCAUACAUCCACCGCGCUUCUUGUCCACAACUCCUCAGACAUGCCCACCAAAAAGAGGAAACAUUCCAAGUCUGCAGGGAAGACUACUACAGCCUCCAAGAAAUCCUGCACCACGACCUCGGAUGCAAAAGCUGCAGGAAAUAAUAAAGCUGUUGCAUCACAACUGGCAAAUCACAACUUGUCUGCGGCCCAUCCAACUUCAGCUCAACAUUCUGCUAUGGCAAACCUUCCUGUCCAGACUUCCUCUGUUGCAAAGAGCUUAUUCAGGCCACUUCAGCCUCAGCUCCACUCUUCUCCCUGUAGUACACCGCAACCAAGCCAUGCCAUACAAGAUCAGGAUCAGCCCGCUGCUUGUACAACUCAAAGGCCAUUGCCCGUGGCGGCAACUGCUCAUACCCAGCAGGACAUUGCCUCCUCCCAGUGCUCCAUAGUUUCUUCCAAGACUCUCAUCGUCAGCCCGCUCAAAGGGGGCACCUAUUAUGCUGUUGAGAGGAGUUACCAUGUCAGCUCCCCCUUGAAAUCCACCACCCACAAGUCAACCAAGAGGGAACAUGUCAAAGGAAAGCUAAACUUUGAUGCUACUGAUUCAAGGCCAGGUCCAAGUGAGCAGCUGAUUUGUGACAAGGCCUCUACCUCCUCUGAUGAAGACAAGCAAGAUGACUUUGACAUUGAUUUCACUAACCUUGAUAUAUUUGAUGGUGAUUUUUCGUUUUCUGAGCUUCUGCUUGACCUUGACCUUGACCUUGACACUGAAGGUGUUCAUUGCCAGAAUCCUUCUACAGGUGCUGAAGUUCAAAGACUAGAGCCUGUUGCCAAGAGUGGUUAUGUGAUAGCAGAUCCUGGUUUGCCUGAUGCAGUGAAGGCAGUCGCUGCAGAUUCCACUGAAGAUUUCGAUUUGCAAGCAGGAGCAACAUCUGUCACUUCUGUCAGGGCUAUUACUAAGAGGGUAAAGAUCGUCAGCCCUGUGAAGGGCCGCACAGCUUCGUAGAGCAGCGGAUGAAAUUUCACAUCACCAAGUGACUCUAUGUAGCCGGCCGCAUGACUGACUAACUUUAUCUAGAUGGCCUAACAAUCCAUGACAGUAUGUUGUAGUAGUGACCAACUGAACUGCGCUGAGGGCAUUUUCAGCUUCCUGUAGCAUGCUAGUAAUGCUAUGAUGUAGUUUCUCGUAUCUGUUUGCAUCGUGUUCUCAUGUAAAUGCUAAUGUGGCAUUACUAAUUCUAAGGUUAAUAUCAGAAAUUUGGCAUUCAGAUUCUGUUUGCAUUUUGACUA